UUGACAACUUGUCUAAUUCGAAUUCGUCACUAGACUAAGCAGAGUUUCUAGCUUCAUUUUUACAACAACUUGAGAACUACGUAGACGUGCUAUUUACGAUUAUCUGACACAUUUGAAGAUGGUUUGCGAGAAGUGCGAGAAGAAACUGGGGCGAGUCAUCACGCCAGAUACCUGGAAAGAUGGGGCUAGAAACACGACAGAGAGUGGUGGUCGAAAGCUUAAUGAAAAUAAAAUGCUGACUUCAAAAAAAGCCAGAUUUGAUCCUUAUGGGAAAUCUGGAUUUGCCACAUGCAGGAUAUGCAAAAGCUCUGUCCAUCAGUCUGGUUCACAUUACUGCCAGGGAUGUGCUUACAAAAAAGGAAUCUGUGCCAUGUGUGGGAAGAAGGUUAUUGAUACGAAGAACUACAAACAGACCUCAGUUUGAUUCCGUGUUUGUUGCUGGAGAGCCGUCUUUAGCUGGGAGAGGAUGUUUGUGAAUUAAUGUGUUGACUUCCAAGGGUUGAGAAUGAUAAUUUAAGUUCACAGAAGAGUUAAAUUUGCGGUGUUUUAUGGCGAAGUGGUGCGAUAGGAGUGCACUAGCUUAUGACCGUAUUUAUAUGAAAAUAUGUCAGUGGUAUUUUUCUCUCACUUAGCAACCUUCAAGCAAUAUAUUGGCUUGUACUGUUUGGACAAUGAAACAUGUUUUGUAAAUGGUCUCCUUUUUGUUUUUUUUAAGUAAAUAAUUGAUCAUUUUAAUACUACCGAAUAUAAUGACAGUGGUUAAGCCAUUUAAUAAAAAUAAGUUCUCCUCAUGGCAAUUUAUUGCCCUUUUUUACUUACUUAGCCAUUGGACCUUACCAGAGUUUAGACUUAGACUUUUAAAUGUUACCUCUUCCCACAAUGAAAAAAAGAAGAAAUAUAUCUUGUUUGAAGUGAUAUUUCCUCUACUGUUUCCUAGGCAAUGUCACUAUCACAGAAUCUAAUGUAAAUAUGAAACAAAUAGACAGUGACAUGCCAAUAUAAGACAGCCAAGAGCUCAAUGUACAGUAAUGGCCUGUUUCCACUUCUUAUUAUUCUGCCACUGGUUCUUUUUGUCAACACUGUUGUAGAUGUUUUCUGGAGAUCUUGUUGUUUCCUUCUUCAGUGAUCAUUUGUUAUUGCAUAGCUUUGGAUUUCAUGUCUCUUGAACCCACAUAAUAGUAUCAUAAUAGGAUUUGUAUAGAGGAACUUGCGGAUACUCUUGCAGUAUGUGUCAUUUAUUUUAUUUUCCACAUUUUAAGUGCGAGAAGUCACAACAUAGCAAUACUUAGAUACUGUAUAAUAUAAUUUCCUUAAUAUCAGUUCAGUUAAGAAAUUUCCGGGACACCUAUUACGCCGAAGAGACUGUUUUUACAUCUGUAAAUAUUUCUUGACAAAUAAAAUUGUGACACCA